AGUGCCACAAAAUCUGCCAUUGACAACAACGCAAUUGAAUCACACCGAGCAAGUACUGUGGAUGUGGAGUGUACACACUUUCUUCACAUAAAUACUAGCUAUAGCUUGCUUUCGUAUCAUACAUGAUGCCGCCUUCCCAAGUAAACUCCCCCUUCGACCUCGACUUCGACCCACGAACAAGCAUGCCCGCCAGCGUUUCGACUCAGCACCUUCCUCCUAUUUCUGAGGAUCCACUCCCCCGUACAGGCUCUCGGCCUACAGGAGAGUCAAGUCAGGACACAUUAUUUGACAGACGAACUCAGAGUGUACCCACACUCGAUAUUCCUACGCCAGGGUCAUCGACAGAACCACUACUGGAGACCCAGGAACCACCUUCUCGCUCAUCGGCCCCUUCUCCCGCACCCACCGAGAUCAUCCCCCUGGACCUGACACAGGAGGAAAUCGUAGAAGAAAUCCAGAAAAUGGGAAUAAAAGUUCGCGAUUUUGCGCACGAGGCCGUUCCAAUUCCCCACCGCGCUGUGGAGCUCUUUGAUCCCCUACAGGCAUGGAACACGUACGAAACUGUAAUUUCGCACCCCGUUAUGAUACGGCCAUGCCUUCCAGGGAAAAUAACGCGUCGCUUGAUUGAUAUGGGCUGGAUUAAGAAAGCAGAGGAAGAGGAGCGAUGGAGUAGCAAGGACAGGGAGGCACUCGAAGCCUACGACCAACGACCUCAUUACCCAUGGCGCGCUUUCAACCUUCCCAAACCCAAACGGGAAGCGCUUGCCAAGACGUGGAGAAUGAGGUUUCAAGAGCUUACCGCCGAACAAAUGCUGGCGACAAUUGCCAGACCCUUUUCACGGUUUAGGGCGCCUUUUGAAUUUGGCGGGACCGCAGACAAAAAGCGGGGUGCUGCUGACGAACAGGAGGGGCCUGACGAAGACGUUUCACCGCGGACAAAGAAGCGACGGUUGGAACAGCAAGAGGCAGGGUCUCUGCCACCAAUGCCGAGCCAACCACCUGUCCUAAUCAAUGGUCGGCCACCUCAACAAUUCCCAGCUGGCAAUCCAGCAGAAAUGCAAAAGUCAUCAUCCUUGUUUCAACCAACUUCUUCCCGUACGCUUCAGCGCGUAUCGUCCUAAAUUAUGCUACUUCGAGAUGAAUAGCCUACAACAAUUCACGCCGCGUUACUUCCGCCUUUUUUUCUUUUUUCUUUUGACAAUAAUUGCCACUGCGAGUCACAAAGUAAUGUUGUGACUGUACUGAUAUCUGUUCACUUACUUGGGAUGAGGACGAGUACUUAUUUCCGGAGAUUGUAGCAUUACUAUCAAGUCAGCUGUACUCCGUGCUCUUGUAAUGUUUCUACCUUUCGUUCUGCUACCAUUGCCAAACAAUUGUCAAACAGGCACGUGAUGUCCGUGUCGAUCAUUGGUCGAUCGUGAUCGAAUUGCCAUCCGGAGUUGCAUGUGCUUAAAAGCUUU